AUGUGGCAUAUCCAGCACGGGCUCGAGUCCAUCGUGUAUGCAGUCGACUGGAACCUUGCGCGAGAGAAUGUAUUCUCGGGCGCCGCGUGGCUGGGUGGUGCCGGCGGCGGUGGCGCGGAAGUGAUUGAGCAGCUGCGCAAGCCUACGGCCCUCAUCUGCAGCAGUCGUGGCGUGGAGAGGCCGUCACAGAUGGGUGGCCGGUCCAAGCGGGACGAACAGCUCAUUGGGCUCAUCAAAUCCUGCGUCACCCGUGGAGGAACCGCGCUCAUUCCCGUCGACUCGAGCGCUCGUGUGCUUGAGCUAGCAUACAUUCUCGAGCAUGCGUGGAGGAAAGACGUCCAGGAACAUGGCCCUUUCGAAACAGCAAAGUUGUACCUGACCGGUCGUAGCAUGGCCAGCACUAUUCGGUACGCGAGGACUAUGCUGGAGUGGAUGGAUGACAACAUCAACCGAGAGUUCGAGGCGGUACAGGACAAUCAACGUCGACCGAAUGGGGACGACAAGGCCGCUAAGGACGGCGGGCCGUUCGACUUCAAAUACGUAAAGAUUGUCGAGCGCAAGGCUCAGAUCCUGAAGCUCCUCUCCGCCAACCAGGACAACGUACAGUCCACGGGAAGGGACUCCCGUAACGUGCUUAUCCUUACCGACAAGCCCGGCGCAGUCGCGGACACUCCCACGCUCGCCGGGUCACUAUGGGAUUUUUGGCAGGAAAGGAAGAACGGCGUUUCCACAGACAAGACUGACAGCGGAGACGACCUCGAGUUCGUCUACGGAGGCGGCCGCGAGCUGGAGAUUCGAGAGGAGACGAGGCAGGCCCUCGAAGGCGAGGAGCUUUCGCUCUAUCAGCAGUGGCUAGCACAGCGCCAGCUGCAAGAGAACGUGCAGGGCGGCGGAGUAGGCGGCAUGGAGGCGUCGGCCGACGCCGUCGACGAUGCCUCUUCGGAAUCCUCGCUUGAGUCCGAAGACUCGGACGGCGAACAGCAAGGGCGAGUUCUCAACAUAUCCGCCACCAUGGGCCAGGCCCGCAAGGCUGUGCGAGAUGAGGACCUCGGCAUCAACAUCCUCAUGAAGAAGAAGGGCACCUACGAUUUCGACCGCUUCGACGAGUUUGGCGAGGUCAUCCGCCCCGAGGAUUUCCUACGUGCCGAGGAAAAAGUGGACGACGCCCAAGACGCCCUGCACGCCGCGUCAGGCGGCGACAACGACGUGGCGCUAGGCAAGAAGCGCAGGUGGGAGGACGCCGCGACGAACGCGAGAAACGGCGGCAACAAGCGGCCGAAUCUGAACCGCCGCGUGUCGGAAGAAGGCGCCAAGGCGGACGAGGCGGACGAGUUUGACGACGUCGAGGACGUGGAAGAGGUCGACCCCUCGGGCCCCUCGAGGCUCGUCGUGUCCACCGAAACCGUCGCCAUCAACCUGCGCCUCGCCUACGUCGACUUCAGCGGCCUCCACGACAAGCGCAGCUUAAACAUGCUAAUCCCGCUCAUCCAGCCCCGCAAGCUCAUUCUCAACGGCGAGGCCAACGUCUUCACGCCCGACGUCGGCGAGAUGGUGGACGCCAGCGUGGACACCAACGCCUGGACCCUCAAGCUCGCCGACUCGCUCGUCAAGAAGCUCAAGUGGCAAAACGUCCGCGGCCUCAGCGUCGUCACCAUCACCGGCCAGCUCCUCGGCCUCACCACCGAGGACAAGCCCGCCGCCCCCAACGCCUCGGCCGAGGACGGCGCCAACAAGCGCCAAAAGACGGCCGACGCCGGCUCGGAAUCGCCCGCGCCCGCGCCCGCCAGCGACGCAACCGCCCCCGCUUCCCUCUCGGCGUCGGGCGCCAUCGUCCCCACGCUAGACAUACUCUCCAACCUAGCCGUCGCCAAGGCCCGCACGUGGACGCAGCCCCUUCACGUGGGCGACCUGCGCCUCGCCGACCUCCGCAAGGAGAUGCAGGCCGCCGGCUACAGCGCCGAGUUCCGCGGCGAGGGUACCCUCCUCGUCGACGGCGUCGUCGCCGUCCGCAAGACGGCGGCCGGCAAGAUCGAGGUCGUCGGUACGGCGGGCGAUGGCAUCAUGGCUGCGCGCCAAAGGGCACGCUCUACGAGGUCCGCAAGGUGA